GCCGCCUCCAAGGCCCCGGUGUGCCAGGAGAUCACGGUGCCCAUGUGCCGCGGCAUCGGCUACAACCUGACGCACAUGCCCAACCAGUUCAACCACGACACGCAGGACGAGGCGGGCCUGGAGGUGCACCAGUUCUGGCCGCUGGUGGAGAUCCACUGCUCGCCGGACCUGCGCUUCUUCCUGUGCUCCAUGUACACGCCCAUCUGCCUGCCCGACUACCACAAGCCGCUGCCGCCCUGCCGCUCGGUGUGCGAGCGCGCCAAGGCCGGCUGCUCGCCGCUCAUGCGCCAGUACGGCUUCGCCUGGCCCGAGCGCAUGAGCUGCGACCGCCUGCCGGUGCUGGGCCGCGACGCCGAGGUGCUGUGCAUGGACUACAACCGCAGCGAGGCCACCACGGCGCCCCCGCGGCCCUUCCCGGCCAGACCCACGCCCCCGGGCCCGCCGGGGGCGCCGUCCGCGGGGGCCGAGUGCGCCGCGGGGGGCCCGUCGGUGUGCAAGUGCCGCGAGCCCUUCGUGCCCAUCGUGAAGGAGUCGCACCCGCUGUACAACAAGGUGCGCACGGGCCAGGUCCCCAACUGCGCGGUGCCCUGCUACCAGCCGUCCUUCAGCCCCGACGAGCGCACGUUCGCCACCUUCUGGAUCGGCCUGUGGUCGGUGCUGUGCUUCGUCUCCACCUCCACCACCGUGGCCACCUUCCUCAUAGACAUGGAGCGCUUCCGCUACCCCGAGCGCCCCAUCAUCUUCCUGUCGGCCUGCUACCUGUGCGUGUCGCUGGGCUUCCUGGUGCGCCUGGUCGUGGGCCACGCCAGCGUCGCCUGCAGCCGCGAGCACAGCCACAUUCACUACGAGACCACGGGCCCGGCGCUGUGCACCGUCGUCUUCCUGCUCGUCUACUUCUUCGGCAUGGCCAGCUCCAUCUGGUGGGUCAUCCUGUCGCUCACCUGGUUCCUGGCAGCCGGCAUGAAGUGGGGCAACGAGGCCAUCGCGGGCUACGCGCAGUACUUCCACCUGGCCGCGUGGCUCAUCCCCAGCGUCAAGUCCAUCACGGCGCUGGCCCUGAGCUCCGUGGACGGGGACCCGGUGGCCGGCAUCUGCUACGUGGGCAACCAGAACCUGAACUCGCUGCGCGGCUUCGUGCUGGGCCCGCUGGUGCUCUACCUGCUGGUGGGCACGCUCUUCCUGCUGGCCGGCUUCGUGUCCCUGUUCCGCAUCCGCAGCGUCAUCAAGCAGGGCGGCACCAAGACGGACAAGCUGGAGAAGCUCAUGCUGCGCAUCGGCGUCUUCACGCUGCUCUACACCGUGCCGGCCAGCGUGCUGGUGGCCUGCUACCUGUACGAGCAGCACCACCGCGAGAGCUGGGAGGCCGCGCUCACCUGCGCGUGCCCGGGCGCCGACGCCGGCGCGCCGCGCGCCAAGCCCGAGUACUGGGUGCUCAUGCUCAAGUACUUCAUGUGCCUGGUGGUGGGCAUCACGUCCGGCGUCUGGAUCUGGUCCAGCAAGACGGUGGAGUCGUGGCGGCGCUUCUCCGGCCGCUGCUGCCGCGCGCGGGGCCCCAAGGACGCGGGGGCGGCGGGGGAGCAGACGGAGGCGAGCGCGGCGCUCACGGGCAGGACCGGGCCGGGCCCCCCCGCCGCCCACCACAAGCAGGCUUCUCCUGCUGAUCCUGUGACUGUUUCAUGACCCACUUGAGGAAACGAAGGGAAGCACGUGAGAGAGACCCCGCCUGAGACGCAGUAGCCUCAUCUGUGCCGCGUCCUGAACCUCCUUGGAUAGAGGGGGUGCUGUUGAUCUGUGUGUCCGCUUGAGGAGCAGACACUCCCAAAGCCCUUUCUCCUUCAGCAGUUAGAUCCACAGCUUGGUGCUAAGCUGUAAAUACAAGUCGGGGAGCCCAGAUAAGAGGAUAUAAGUUGAUUUAGAGGUGGCACCUCCCUGAUAAUCUGGACAGAUGCUUAGCAGACCUGAGAUUCUGUUGUCAGAGUACUUUCUACUGGCUGCUGCUUUGGCAAAAUGCAGAUCGGCCACCAAUCCACCAGUCACCUCCUCGUAAUGCCUGGUGUGUCACGUUCUCCAGCAAUGCUCUGAGGUAUGAUGUUUUGUAAGCCUGUCGCAUUUACCUCCUGCAGCAGCGUUCCGGAGGCCCCGCGCUCUCCAUAAAGCCUGAAACUGCACCAGCACUCUCGGGACACCUGUCUCAGGACCGGCUCGUUGUCACUGGACC